GCUGUAUAAUUUCAUUAUGAGUACUGAGACGAUUCCGGAUGAGAAGAUGAAAAAGGUUAUAAAGACGGGGUUAAUCCAGACUGCUUUUGGGGUGAGUAUCUUCUGCUUUGAUUUCGGUGUGACCUCCAGACCAACAUGUUUAUGGUAAUAGAGCGCGCACUUGAUGCAUACGAUAUUGGCAGCCUCGUAUCUGCACAUGAACCACGCACGACGUCGCAACUCAUACCGCCGAGUGCAGGAAGCUUAUCAUUGGCAACGCGCUAUCCAGCUGUAUCAAGUCGAGAUGCAGAACCCCAUCGGAGCGCAUAAUACGAACGCGCUGAUGGGCAGUUGCAUUUUCAUGGGUAUAAACACACUAAUGCCUGUCGGAUUCCAGCCACAGGAUUCGUGGGUGUUCACCUCAGACCCGGCAGACCUCAACUGGUUGGCGCUGCAAGGGGGUCUACGCUGUAUGAUCGAACUGACGCAGCCGUUCAUCGCAGACAGCAUCUGGGGGGAGUCAUUCCAAGCAUCGGCGGAGCGCCUCAAGCCGUUUCAGGACGAAGUGCCAGGACGCGAGGGCAUGCACUCAGCGCUGGCGGAUUUGUGUGAAAUUGAUGAUGCGACCACGCCCGCGACGAACCCGUACCACUGGCAUGUCCAGCUUCUGAGCCGCAUGCUGAUGCUUAAGCCAUUUGACCGGCCCGACAACUACAACGUUUUUGUGACAUGGAUGGGUCAGAUUCUGCCCGAGUUCAUCACGCUGCUGCGCGGCAAGGACGAGCGCGCGAUGCUGAUUCUGAGCUGGUGGAUGGCGCUGAUGUGUGCCAUGGCGUCGUUCCAGGUGUGGAUUCAUGCGCGUAUCGUGCCCGAGUGCCGGGCCAUUUGCAUGUAUUUGGAGCAGAAUAGCACGGACGCGGAAAUAUUGAGGCUGAUGCGCUGGCCAGCACAGGCUUGCGGGUAUCACGAGUGGAUGCCAGAGACCUUUGAGGAUGUGAUAAUUUAAUUAGAGAGGCCCUGAGCAGUCAUACUUUGACCGGCCAUUAUUCGCGAUUUAGAUUGGGCGCAUGACUCCGACCUGGCUGGGCACUUCAUUGUCUAUUGGUAGAAGGUCGCGAUGCCCAGCAACGUGCAAAAUUAGAUGGCUUGGAGUGAGACAAUUGAUUUGUGACAGCGUCGCCUGCUAGCGAUGCGGCUGUAACCGAGACACUGCGAAGAAAGCUAAGAUACGACAAUAGUACAAGAACGUGUCAAGACAUGUCUUGCGCGCACGGCCCCUGAUUGGUUCGGUGCCGACUUCGUCGCAAACUAUACGCCUUUCAGCCUCCGCGCGGUCACCUGCCGGCCUAAGAAAACCACGGCGCUAUCGCUGCUAGCGGCG